AUGGACAAGAAGCUCGCGGCGUAUGAGAAGGAUGUGAGAGCGUACGACCGACAGGGAAAAGAAGCAAUCACAACACACUGCAAGGAGCUUCGCGAGUACGCGCAAAAGCAAUCUGCAAACCUGGUCGCAAACGAAGAGUAUCCCAUCUUGGACACGCGUGACUGCCAUGUGCCGACGCCUCCUUCAUCUGACGUCUCCGAUGUCGAGUUCUCUUCCGUGGCUGAGAUCACCGAUGAUACCGACGACGAGAGCUGCGAUAGCUCUGAGUCGAUUAUCAGCUCUGAUGAAGAAGAGGAGGUCGAAUUUGUCGAUGGCGCAUACCAGUUUCCCCAUGGGUUCAAAGUGUUCGCUGGGCAUCCUACCUACGAGCAGGUGGUCGAAGAGCUCGAACUCGUCAAGGACGGCAAGACCCCAAUCUCAAUCUUGGCAGUUCCCGACAACGUGCCUCUUGUUCAGAUGCACAAUCCAAAGCGCGCCUCAUCUGCGUACAAGAACAGCCGCAAGGCGUUCAUGACGCCUUGUCAGCUGAAGGGGCCUGAUGACACUUUCAUGCCGGACCUCGAUCUGGCCAAGCAGGCGCGUCGCACUUGGGACGGCGCCAACCUCCGGUUGUCAUUGAACAGCAAAGCGCUCUCACCGUCACUGCGCCUCACUAUCAGCUGUUAUCGCAACAAGGAGGAUCCGGCCGCAACUGCAUUCGUCGACUUCUAUUUUGCAGAGAUCCAUCGUCGAGAUCCUAGUGCUGUGGGUGGCAAAUACAACAAUGUCCGUGGCGUGACCGAUGUCACCUACGCCUUCUCCGACGAUGGCAAAUCUUGCGACAUCGCGUGGACAUCGUAUGCCGGUGUGCCUACGAAUCCGCCUUUUGUUUCGACGCGCAACAACUUCAAGGUGCGACCUUCAGAGACUAAGCUGAUCGACGAGCUUCUGGGCCUGGCGAACCCUGACGACAGCGGUGCACUCAUCCAGCUGCGUGUACCACUAUCGGAUGAGGAGCAGACGGCACGCAACACAGGCACCAUAGACGAUUUCAAGCCUGGCUCAUUUUUGCUGUCACUUCCUGGUGCGCGCAAUGUCGGCAAGACCCAGCUUCGGCCUAUAUAA